AGAUCGGAAGUGGCUCUACGGACUAAUUUCUCAAACUGACAGAGCGCGGUGUUUCCGCUUCCGGAGGAAAAGGCGGUGGCGGAGGACUUAAGCCCGAUGUGACCAGGCUGGCUUGAUAGAGCUAGAGAGAGGGGGGUGCCAGGAGCCCAGGGCGGCCGACAACAGACGAUAACACAAUAAAAACGUCUUAAGAACAAUUCCAAUACAGAUGCAAACUGGGAUAAAAGUCCCUAAUGAAAAGGCUUGUUGAAGGAGGAAGGUUCUUCAUUAGGCACCCAAAAGACAGCAGAGGGCGUCAGUCUAAUAUUUAAGGGAAGGGAAUUCCAAAGCUUUUUGAAAUGGCUUCUUUUGGAUGGAAGAGGAAGAUUGGUGAGAAGGUGUCGAAGGUAACAUCUCAGCAGUUUGAAGCUCAAGCUGCCGAUGAGCAGGAUCUUGUUGACAAUGACGAAGUUGAUUGGCUUCAUGACACUAAAAGAAAAAAGGGACUACUCCUGGAAGACUGUCUGGCUAAAAGUAAACACCUGAAGGAUGAAGGUGCAAUUUUGGCUGAAAAUGAAAGGUACCGGGAAGCUAUUCACAAAUGGGAUGAAGCAAUUCAGUUAACUCCAGAAGAUGCUACCCUCUAUGAGAUGAAAUCACAGGUGCUGAUGUCUCUACAUGAAAUGUUCCCUGCAGUGCAUGCAGCAGAAAUGGCUGUCCAGAGAGAUCCCCAUUCUUCGGAGGCAUGGCAGACUUUGGGACGUGCCCAGCUUGGACUAGGAGAAAUUACGCUGGCAAUCCGAAGUUUUCAGGUUGCCUUGCAUAUCUGUCCGCUAAGUCCUGAACUGUGGAAUGAAGAUCUAUCUUGGGCGAGGAAAUUACAGCAGCAAAAGAAAGCAACCAAAACUGAGACACAGGCGCAAAGCGUGGCAGCUCAGGGAGAGACUUCAGAAGAAACAAUACCAGAUUAUGAUUUUGAAAGUGACGAGAUCUUAGCUGUGUGUGCAGCUAUUGCUGAGAAGGAGAAAGCCGCAUUGGCCUCUAAAACUGUUGUAAUUGUAUCUGCUUCCGGGGAAGUCGAGACAGUAACUGAAAAGGAGGAAUGCGCAACAACCCCUGAUGGUGCUGUGUUUAUCAAAGCACGGUAAAGAGCACCAACUCUAGCAGCCAUGUCUUUGAAGGCCUGUUUUCCAUCUUUCCUCUGUUGUAGCUUCCUCUGGGAUCAUCAGGCUGUGGAGUUCACCGGCCCCCAUCAUAUUAAGCCUCAGUAUCUGCAUCUCAGUAUUGCUUCACUUCACUAUCUGAAGCCCUCACUACUAAUAUCGCCAGAAAGACAGGAAGGUCUUAAAGGGCCACACAUGAGCAGAAAUCUGUUACUAUUGGCUGAUCACAAAUUGAAUCCACAUAUGAUAAAAUCAAUGCCACGGAAAUGAGGCAGAGCACCAUAGGGACAGGAGCGUAGAGCAGCCUCUGCCGAGCUGGUUGGGUGUCCUAGUCUGGAAAUUAUGGUUUUGAGUAGGGAGCUUGAAAUUUGGGGAAGGAUGCAUGCUUGGUCCCAUAAACAGUCCUUUGUUAUGUUUUCCUAUUCUGCCAUACUUUGCUAUUGUUCCUGCUCCUUAUGUGCUCUACACACAUGAAUAGAGUUGCUUUUUCAGCUUGUUCUCUAUCCCAAAAGACAUCUCCCAACUCUCCCACCUACGGCUGAUCACAGCCAGGAGCAGGACAAAAAAGGAGGCAGCACCAAAGGGACAAAACCACAAAAAAGUGGGGGGAAGGCAUGGAGGUAAAGUCUUAAAAUGAUGCUUAGAAGUAGAAUGUUUAUUGUGGCCCAUAGUAUGCCAAACAUAUUUCAACUUACAGUCUUUGGGGACAAGAAGGUCUUAUUUGAUCUGAUUCCACUGUUACUGCAGCUGGUGAUGGUAUCAGAUGUUGCUUCUGAUACAAGAUGCUCCAAGAUCUUUUCUUUUUUUUGAAACCUAGUUUUAAAAGAAUUCCCUUUUUGCAAUUGGAUAUACUUCCCUCGCAAGCACUUUUCAAAGAAACAGGCCUUGGUGUUUGUUUUUUUUCUUAGCAAGAAGUGGUUCACUGUAAAGUAAUUGCCAGCAGCAGUUUGGAGUGCACAUUAUGUUUAACUUAUUCAUGCCCAAGUAUGUACAUAAGCCAGAUGGUCCUGCUCAUUAUCUGUUUCCAGCAUAAUCCUCAGUGUGGAACAGGUUGGCUGCUGUUGCCAUUGGGGCGUGGAAACCACUAGUUUUUAUUAUUGCAGUUUUAAAAUAAAGCACAAAAUGAAAACUGCAAAGGAACAAGAUAGAAUUGCAAUGCCCUCAGAAGUUGCCCUCAUGUUAAUGUCUCGUGUCCAAGUCUGGUCAGGGUUGAUGAAAUUGUAGUGUAUUCAAUAUACACAAAAAAGGAUGUAUGAAUCUGCUUUUUUCUGGUAAUCUGGUAGUUCCAAUCAGUUUGCUUUGUAUUGUAAACAGAUCUGCUCCACAAUAGCACUUGCCAGGUCAAGCAUGAAUUUUUGAUAGCCAGAUUCAAUUUGAAUGUCUUUAAAAAGAGGAAUUAUUAAAUAAUUAUUUAUUUGGCAGGCAAAUUUUGAGUGAACUCUCAGUUAUACAAAUUUUAAUUUUGAUUGAAGAAAUGACAAAAAAUGCUUUUCUAAAGUCAGUUAAUUGUAAUAAAGCUGUAUAUGAAGUUUUUCAUAUAAUUCCCUUCAGAUCAAGUCCUUGAAUCAGCUAGUUUCUCCCAUAAUAGUUUUAGAUUUCUAAUUUAUCUAGCCAUGACUCUGACCCACCCAAUCUUAUGUUUGGUUACUUGAAGUAAGUCCAUUGAGUUUAAAGGGACUCAUUUCCAAGUAAGUGUCUAUAGGAUUGCAGUCUAUGAGAAAUAAUUGAGGAACUUCAGUCACAUUUUUUUCGGAACAUCCUCAGGAAAAUCUUAAGUGGUGGGGGGGCAGUGUCCAUAGUGCUGCCAUAUUGAAUAUGGAUAUACUCACCCUGAACACAUCUAAGCAUACCAGGAUUUUCCUGUUGCAGUCUCUGUCUUUCGUGCGUGCUUCAUAGUAUAACACAAAUGUUAUAACAUAGUAUAACACAAAAAAGAUCAGCGCUUGCCUCUCAAGUGUUGGAUAGUCUCAUGAAGAAGUAGCGCUCAGUUGCUGUUUUUGGUUACUGAUACUUUAACCAGACUACUGGUUUUAUUAAUCUUAUUCUAAUUUCUUACACCUGAUUAUGUUUUGCAUGCCUAGGUUGUCAUUAAUAUUCCUAUGUUGCAAUUAAAGUUUUCUUUCUAGGAGAAUAAAGUCUUUGUUUAAAAUCUCA